AUGGUAGCAGUAGUUCGGGAAGUGGCAUUUGAUAACUGUGGCUAUUACAAGUUGCCAACAACUGGCGGUCUGGAUGUGAAGGCCGAUAUCACUAUUGGCCGAGUGUACGAAUCAGGAAUUGGCAAACACCUCUCCAACCUCCAUGAUGACCUGAGCGACAGAUUCGUUGAUAUGAAGCAGAUGAACUUCCCUUCUUGGAUUGCUCAGCCAUUUCUCUUGAACUGGGAAAAUAAUGACUGCCUGGCUAAAAUGGAGUCUGAUCAGAUCGACGAGCUAAUGGCGAGGCAAAAUGAUGACAGUAUGAAACCGAUCCAUGCUUCAAAACAACACUUCAAGUGGCUGGAUCCCCAAGUUGUUGCCAAAUAUGAAAAAAUAGCUACAGAGGCUCAGCAAGUGCCUUUGCCCUUCCCAACAACAUACUUGGUUGAAUGUGCCUUAAGUGCUGUUACGGAUAUGUUGACUUAA